CUUCUUUCCUCUCCAUCAGAUCCAGCUCUCUCCUCACCUCGCCGCGGCCAUCCGGGCCAGGCUCACUCUUCCUUCAUCAUGGCAGCAAUGCCAUCCCCACUGUAUCGCAUACCAGCACUCGAGUCGACUCACUUGGUCCUCUCGCACCUUUCUGGCUCGAAGCUGCACCGUUCCCUGCUUCCCAUCUCGGCCAUCACCUUAAUCCAUGCAUUGCGAGUCAGCUAUGCUACCUGCCAAGUGCAAGGUGGACCACGAAAGAUUGGGCUCCUACAGAGCGUUGUUUUGGUAUGGAUCCUCCUCUUCGGCGGGUGGACGAUCAUCAACCUGGGUCUGGGCAAGCAGACCCCACUCUUCGAUCCGGGCGUACAACUCACAGCGGCCAUCUAUGGGGCGGUUCACUCGGUAGCUGUCCUGAGUGGCUUGCAGAAGAGGGUCCUCAAGGCGGCUUCAGGGGCGCCUGCCACUUUUGGACUGGGCCUGGAUAUCUUCUUUCAUCUGGUGGAUGCUGUUUGUCGCACAGAGGGGAUCAUCGCCCUCGGCCUCAACCCAGUGAGGGAUCACCCUUCACCGCUCACUCCGAUCAUCACAUCGGCGCUCAUUGGAGGUGGAGGGCCGCUACUGAUCGGUUUGCUAGACCUAGAGAGUGCGAAUUGGAAGUUGCAGACUCCUACCUGGCUCAAGAACCCUACCGGGUUGCUCGCCGUGGACAUAUGGAGCGCUGGUAUUGUAGCGCUGGUCUAUGAUAGCCUGACUUCUUCCUCGACUUCGCCAAUCGCGAUGCGCCUCUUUCCUGGCGCUGCUCCUACGCUGGCAGCUGCGGGGAGUCGACCAUUGCUCGACAUCAACGAAGCGCGCCUGGUCGGCUCGCUCCUUCUAUUUGCCCUCCUCUCCCUCAACAGGCUGCGCGUCUUCAUCACCGCGUCCAAGCCGUUGGCGGCGAUGACAGCGAACGGGACACCCAAAAAGGGCAGCAGCAGUGCUUCGAAUGGAGCAAAGGGGAGCAAAAAUUCAGGGUCGCGCAACUCACCAGGUACGGCAGCCACUGCAGGGAGUGGUUUGUCGACCAAGGUUCUACUCGCAGCAGCCGUCGCCCUGCCUGUGUCAUUGCUCUUGGCACAAUGGCUUCUGGCAGGUAACGAUCUCAAGGAUGGAGUGCUGCAAGGGUGGGUAGACGAGGUUGCGGAAGCAAUGUAAAGGCGGCAGUGACGGCAACGGCGACGAGAAGCAGAUGUAAUCAGGAGCAGGCAGGACCGCCUCUCGCCGUGUCGAUAUCAUCAAGUCAAAAGAACGAAGACAGAAGCCAGUGAACAACACUCUGCUACU